CUUGGUACUAGUGGAAGUGAAGUUGUGAAUCAAUUUAUUCAUAAAAAUAAAUUAAAAUGGUUUCCUUAUGAUAGAUUUGAAAAUAUUGAAUAUCUUGAUAAAGGAGGAUUUGGUACUAUAUAUAAAGCUAAAUAUAAUAGUAUUGAAGUAAUUUUUAAAUAUUUUGAUCAUCUUAAUCAUUCAGAUGAAAGUUUAAAUGAAUUUUUAAAUGAAUGGAAAAUUAUUAAUUCACAUGGAAUUAUUAAAAUAUAUGGAUUCACAAAAGAUCCAGAUACAUUGAAUUAUGUAUUAGUGAUGGAGUAUACAAAUAAGUAUAGUUUAAAAAGAUGUUUAACAGAAAUAACAAAAAAUUGGAAACAAAAAUUAUUAUAUUUAUAUCAAAUUAUUAGAGGUCUUAAUGAUAUUCAUGAAAAAGAUCUAAUUCAUUAUAACUUUCAUAAUGGUAAUAUUUUAUGUAACAAAUAUAAAGAAGAACUAUAUGGAAUUUUUAUUAGUGAUUAUUUAGGAUUAUAUCAACUUGCAAAAUCUUUUUUAAAAGAAAAUGAUAUCUAUGGAGUUUUACCAUUUAUAGCACCUGAAAUUUUAAAAGGUCAACCCUAUACUCAAGCUAGUAAUAUAUAUAGUUUUUCUAUAAUUAUGUGGGAAUUUACAUCUAAAAUUCUACCAUUUAAUGAUAAAGCACAUGAUCUUCAGCUUGCUUUAAGUAUUUGUAAAGGUGAACGUCCUGAAAUUAUUGAAAAUACUCCACAAUGUUAUAUAGAUUUAAUGAAAAAAUGCUGGGAUGAAGAUCCAUUAAAAAGGCCAUCUUCUAAAGAAGUUUUAAAUAUUAUUGAAAAUUGGAUUUUUCUUUCACAGAAUAAGGAGAUUGAAGAUAUUAGUGAAGAAUUAAAAAGCGAUAUUAUGGAAUUUAUAAAUGCACCAAUUGAGCAUAAUAAACUUAUUGUAAAAUCUCAUCCAAAAGCAUGCUAUACAAGUCAUUUACUUGAUCUUACCAGUGAAGAAUUAAAUGAAAUUCUAGAAGAUUCUCAAGGAUUUCUUAAAUCUUUGAAACAAAAAUAUCAAAGUUCUCAAAAUGAGUUUGAUUAUCACUCUACAAAACCGAAAAUAAAAUGGAUUUCAUAUUCACAAAUUAAAAGUUUAAAAAAAAUAGCAGAAGGAGGGUUUGGUAUUAUUUAUAAAGCUUUAAUUAAUGGAGACGUUGUUGCUAUAAAAAAAGUUUUAAAUUCUCAAGAACCAAAUAAAUAUUUUUUAAAUGAGUUAAAAUCACUUUAUCAAUGUUAUGAUAGUAAAUUUGAAUAUAUUAUUAAAUGUCAUGGUAUCACAAAAGAUCCUAUAACAAAAGAAUAUAUGUUUAUAAUGAAAUAUGCAAAUGGAGGAGAUUUACAUAAUUAUUUACAAGAGAAUUUUGCAGAGAUUACAUGGAAGAAAAAAUUGCACAUUUUGUGGCGAAUUUCAGAUGGACUUCAAACUAUUCAUAAAAAAAAUUUCGUACAUCGAGAUUUUCAUAGUGGAAAUAUAUUGGUUGAAAUAAUUGAAAAUGAUUCAUGUAAAAUAGAUCAAUAUCUAAUUGGAGAUUUAGGAUUAUCACAGCCCGCAAAUGACAUACAUGAUAGCAGUAUAUAUGGAGUAAUACCUUAUAUUGCACCAGAAAUAUUUAAAGGCGGCAAAUUUUCCAAAUCAUCUGAUAUUUAUUGUAUGGGCAUGAUUAUGUGGGAAUUAACAUCUGGUCGUAAACCUUUUGCUAAUGUUGAACAUGAUGUUGAUUUAAUUUAUAAAAUUAUUGAUGGAAAACGGCCUAAUAUUACUGACGAUACUCCCGAAGAUUUUGCUAAUUUAAUGAAAAAAUGUUGGAAUCCUGAUCCUAAAAAAAGACCUUCAGCAACGCAUGUUUGUGAAAUUUUUAAUUCUUGGUCAAAUAUGGAAAUGGUUGCCGAAUAUUUUAAUCAAGCUGAAGAAAUAAGAUUAGAAUUAAUAAAAUCAAAAAUGAUUGGACCAGAUUUCAAUGAGAAAUCUCAUUCAAAAGCAAUUUAUACUAGUAGAUCAUUAAGCUCUUUAACUGGUUCACCUUCAAUUAUAACGUUUAAUACGAAACCAAAUAAUAAACUUAUUGAAGAAUCAAUCAACAAUAAAGAAUAUAUUACAAAAGAAUACGAGCAUGAUAUAAAUAAAAUUUAAAGAUUUCAGAAGUAAUCCAAUAAAUCCAAGAAAACAAGAUGCAACUGAAGAUUUUACUAAAUAAAUUUAUUAU